AUGUGCCCCCGCGCCGACGCCGUCCCGGACCCCGAGGCCCAGCGGCCGCCCGCGCCCCCCGGCCCCGCCUGCCGCCCGCUGCCCUGGGCCCUCAGCGUCGCGCUGCUGCUGCUCGCCGGCACCUGCGCCGCCUGCUGGCUCAGCGCCUGGGUCGCGCCCGCGGCCUCCGCGGCGCCCGGCCCCAGCCUCCCCCGCGUCCCCGAGCAGCCGCCCGACGCCCGCGCCCGCCUCCCCGACUCUCCGCAGGCCGUGUUCGCGCAGCUGGUGGCCCAAGAUGUACAGCUGACUGAAGGGCCCCUGCGCUGGUACAGCGACCCAGGCCUGGCAGGGGUGUUCCUGGGGCCCGGCCUGAGCUACGACCAGCACUCGCGGGAGCUGAUGGUGGCAGAGCCUGGCGUCUACUAUGUUUUCUUGCACCUGAAGCUGCAGCGGGUGGUAUCCAGCUUCGGCUCGGGCUCUGUCUCCGUUGCCCUGCACCUGCAGCCCCUGGGCGCUGGGGCUGCGGCCCUGGCCCUGACCUUGGACCUGCCGCCUCCAUCCUCCAAAGCCCCGGACUCAGCCUCUGGUUUCCGAAGCAGUCUGCUGCACCUGGGCGCAGGCCAGCGCCUGGGCGUUCACCUGCGCGCAGAGGCGGGGGCACACCUUGCCUGGCAGCUUGCGCAGGGCGCCACGAUCUUGGGCCUCUUCCGAGUGGCCACCAAAGUCCCUGCUGGACUCUCCCUGCCGCCAUGGCCCAUUGACACUGGGCCCGGGUACCCCCCGCCGGACAGAGAAUGAAUGCUGCCUUCUUUCCCCGGGGCUCUUGGUGACGCCCGGCCACUCUACCUCACCCGGCUUGGCAGGGGUCCCCGCUGCUGACCCCCUCCUCGAGGACUCUCCGAUGGGACUCUCUCCCACUCCUGCCUCAAGUCGAACUUUUGGUAUUUAUUCUGAGCCUGAGCUCAACGGCGUACUUUAUAUUAGUCCAUUGUAUUAAUCCAUUCAAUGUAUAUUUAUUGAACAUCUUCUAUAUGCCAGGCCCUGUGCAGGGCUGGAGACAGAGCAGCAAACAACAGGAAAAAACAAAACAAAACAAAAAACAACUAUUUAUGUCAAUAUGUGAGAAAUAAAGACUCAUCUACAGCCCUG